AUGGCUGAAACCAACUCUGGUCCUCCUGCCAAGACAGCAGGAGGCAACUCAGCUUUUCACAAUUUCAACAACGAUUUCGCUCAUGUAGCUGACCCCAACGAGCGUCGUCGUCUUGCCCUCGCCGAGAUCGAUAGGGCUCCCUUCGGAUGGUACCAUGUCCGCGCUUGUGUCGUCGCCGGUGUCGGUUUCUUCACAGACUCUUACGAUAUCUUCUGCGUCAGCAUGUUGACUAUCAUGCUGGGCAUCGUGUACUAUCCUGAGAAGGGAAAGCUUCCCACCAGCUCUGACAACGCUAUCAAGCUGUCCACCUCUGCUGGAACGGUUAUUGGUCAACUGUUCUUUGGUGCUAUGGCUGAUAUUGUAGGUCGUAAGCGGAUGUAUGGCCUUGAGUUGAUCCUCAUCAUUUUCGCGACACUGGCACAGGCUUUGACUGCUGGUUCACCCUCUGUCUCUAUAAUCGGUGUUAUUAUCUUCUGGCGUGUAUUGAUGGGUGUGGGCAUCGGUGGUGACUAUCCCCUUUCUUCGAUCAUUACGUCCGAGUUCGCCACCACCAAAUGGCGAGGUGCUAUGAUGGCUGCUGUCUUUGCCAUGCAGGGUAUUGGACAGCUAGUUGCUGCUCUCGUUAUGAUGUUCCUUACACUCGGCUUCAAGUCUUCACUUCAGACUGCGGCCGAUACCAAGAGUUGCACCGGGGAAUGCCAGGUUAGCGUUGAUAAGAUGUGGCGCACCCUUAUCGGUUUCGGUGCCGUUCCAGCUUGUAUCGCUCUUUACUAUCGUCUUACAAUCCCCGAAACUCCUCGUUAUACCUUCGACGUCGCUCGUGAUGUUGAGCAAGCCGAUGAGGAUGUCAAGGCUUACAUGACCGGCAAGCGUGAAGGUGACACUGAUGAGGUUGCUCGCGCUCAAGUUCACCAGGGUGCCAAGGCCAAUCUCCAGGUCCCAAAGGCCAGCUUCAGAGACUUCCUCAAGCACUACAGCAAGUGGAAGAACGCUUCUCUCCUUCUUGGCACUGCUGGUUCAUGGUUCUGUCUUGAUGUGGCUUUCUAUGGUCUCAGCUUGAAUAACGGUACCAUUCUCAAGGUCAUUGGCUACUCCACAAAGAACACCCACAGCGUUUACGAGUAUCUUCAUAACACUGCUGUUGGAAACAUUAUUAUCGUCCUUGCGGGCGCUGUACCAGGAUAUUGGGUUUCGGUAGCAACCAUUGACACGCUGGGCAGAAAGACUAUCCAGUUGGGUGGAUUUAUUAUUCUUACCAUUCUAUUUGUGGUUAUGGGAUUCGCUUAUAAUCAUAUCCCCUCCAAUGGUCUCCUCGCUAUUUACGUUCUUGCCCAGUUCUUCUUCAACUUCGGCCCCAACACCACCACGUUCAUCGUACCCGGCGAAGUUUUCCCAACUCGCUACAGAUCUACCUCACACGGUAUCUCUGCUGCUUCGGGCAAAGUAGGGUCUAUUAUAGGCCAAGGGGCUAUCUCUAUCCUCCGUACUCGUGGAGCGACUGAGACUAACGAAGCCCCUUGGAUGGAUCACGUUCUGGAGAUCUACGCCCUCUUCAUGCUUCUCGGUGUUUUCACUACUCUACUCAUCCCAGAGACCGCUCGCAAGACUCUCGAAGAGCUCUCUGGUGAAAAUGACUUUGCCAACACGCAUGAUGAUCAUGCACUGGAGCACGAGUCUCAAUCUGGCAAGCCUGAGCGAACCAGCGUUUAA